ACGCAAGCCGUUGUCAUCCAUCACCCGACUCCAACUACGUAAAUGCUGCUGCAUCAUAAAACCCCGAAACCCUAGCUUCUAAAUCCUCUCCCUCUCAUCUCUCAAUUUAGGGUUUCGCUCCGAAAGCAGAGAUGGCGGUUCCGUUGCUCACGAAGAAGAUCGUCAAGAAGCGGGUCAAGAAGUUCAAGAGGCCGCAGAGCGAUCGCAAGAUCUGCGUUAAGCCAAGCUGGCGUAGGCCUAAGGGUAUUGAUUCCCGUGUGAGGAGAAAGUUCAAGGGGGUUACUUUGAUGCCCAAUAUCGGUUAUGGUUCCGACAAGAAGACCAGACACUAUCUGCCCAAUGGCUUCAAGAAGUUUGUCGUUCACAAUGUUUCCGAGUUGGAAUUGCUCAUGAUGCAUAACAGGGCUUACUGUGCUGAGAUUGCACACAAUGUCUCUACGAGGAAGCGCAAGGAGAUUGUAGAGAGGGCUGCUCAGCUCGAUAUCGUUGUCACCAACAAGCUUGCCAGGCUUCGCAGCCAGGAAGAUGAAUGAUAAACAAAUUUACUAUUUGGAGCCUGUUCUAGUAAUGGAAAGACCUCUGAGCAGUAUUCAUCUCGUAGGAUGUUGUUUUAUCUUUGAUUUCCAGAUUUUGUUUCUUUCUCCGACAAUUGUUUAUUAUCUCGACAUUGUCCAAAGUAGUUCUUUAAGAGCUAAUUUGGUUUUGCUAGUAACGUUAUAUAUGCUUUUGUUUGACUGAAUGUUUUUAGGAAAUACAAGGAUGUUAUGUUUAUUCU